AUGGAUCUCGCAUACGACCAGAUCGCCGCCGACGCCCUGCCCAAGGACCGCGACGAGUCCGCCCCGUCCGACAGCAGCAAGACGGCCGAGCAGCAGCAGCCGACCCUGAACGAGGACCUGCAGGAGGCCUACAAGGCCAUCUCGACGAGCGCCUGGGGCUCCAAGCUCGGCGGCUUCUUUGGGAAUGUCGUGAAGCAGGGCGAGUCGGUCUACAGAGAGGCAUCGCAGGAGCUGACCUCGCUCGGCGCCGACGCCGCCCGCGGGGCCGCCGACCUGCGCUCCUCGCUCAUCAGCCGCACGCGAUCGCUCUCGCUGGCCACCUCGCCACAGGCCGCGUCGAGCGCCGACAAGGACAGGGAGGCCGAUGCCACGCCGACCGACGCCAAGGACAUGACCUCGGAGGAGGCCAUCAAGGAGUCCGAGACGGUCAUCUCGCGCCUGCGGGCCGAGGCCGCCAAGAGGUUGAAGGACAUCCAGAAGGCCGAGGACGCCGCCGACGAGGCGCUGCUCAAGUUUGGCGCCAACAUCCGCGACUUCCUGACCGAGGCCGUCAAGAUCGCCCCUCCUGCCGCCGGUGCAGACGGCCAGGGAAGCACGGUCCUGUUCGAGAGCAAGGAUGCGUCGGGCAAGAGGGUCAUUCACACAUCAAGAUACGACGCGCAGCUACAUGUCAUUCACACGUCAGUGGACAGCUUCGCCAAGGAUCCGGCGGGCGAUGAGUUCGCCGUGUGGGCAAAGGACUUCAAUGUCGAGAGCAAGACCGAGGACAUCAGCAGCGACUUGGCCAAGUAUCCCGAGCUGAGGACGACAAUGGAGAAGCUGGUGCCAGACCAGGUGCCCUACGCAGACUUCUGGAAGAGAUACUACUUCCUCAGACACAGUGUCGAGGCGGCCGAAGAGCGAAGACGGGAACUGCUGAAGGCUGCCGAAGCCGAAGAAGAGGUUGGCUGGGACGAGGACUCGGACGACGAGGCAGCCGCCGCCGCCGCCGCUGCCAAACCCGCGAGACCGGCUUCGACAGAGUCGUCUACCACUAUCCACCCUCCCAAGGGAACCGCCACGACACACCUCCGACCGGCCGAGCCCCGCAAAUCCAACGACGAGAAGUCGCAAGCAGACAGCGAUACCAGUUACGAUGUUGUCGGUGCCGCUUCCGGCGUGCCCAGCCAGGCGCCCAACAGCCCCAAGGAGGCUCGCAAGGAGGACGACAGCGACGAGGAGGACUGGGAGUAA